UGCGCGCCCCCGCUCGGCUCGCUCCCGCGCUGCAGUGAGAGAUGGCGGACGGUGUGGAUCAUAUAGAUAUCUACGCGGAUGUGGAGGAAGAGUUUACACAGGAAGCAGAUUACCCCGUUCAUGAACAGAUAGACCUGUAUGAUGACGUCAUCUCGCCAUCGGCCAAUAACGGAGAUGCUCCUGAGGACCGAGAUUACCUGGACAACCUGCCGGCCCCAGGGGGCUCUGAGGGAAGCAAAGGGCCCCCAUCUAACAUAGUGUUCACAUACACGGGCAAACGCAUCGCUCUGUACAUUGGAAACCUUACUUGGUGGACCACAGAUGAAGAUCUGACUGAGGCCAUCCGCUCCAUCGGUAUUAACGACGUGCUGGAGAUCAAGUUCUUUGAGAAUCGAGCUAACGGCCAGUCUAAAGGAUUUGCGCUGGUGUGUGUGGGCUCUGACUCCUCCUCCAGGAAGCUUUUGGACCUGCUGUCGAAGCGCGAGCUGCAUGGGCAGAACCCCAUAGUUACCCCCUGCAACAAGCAGUCACUCAGCCAGUUCGAGAUGCAGUCACGAAAGAGUGAGGAGCGUUCUAUACCUGGUACCCAGUCCGGACAGAUGUCAGGAGAGGGUAAGGCCGGACCCCCAGGUGUGGGGCCCCGCGGUGCCUUCCCUUUGAGCAGGGGUCGAGGACGCUUUCCGGGGCCAUCUGGGCCCGGAGGGGACCGCUUUCCUGGACCUGUCGGACCCGGGGCGCCCCCGCCACACUUCCCAGGUAGGAGUAUGCAAGGGCCACCUCGUCCUCCUCCCGGACCCCCAGGUCCCCCGGGCCCCCCAGGACCGCCUCCCCCAGGGCAGGGUCUCCCCCCACCCCUCUCCGGCCCCCCAAACAGAGGCGACCGCCCCCCUCCCCCUGUCAUGUUCCCUGGUCAGUUUGGUCAGCCUCCUAUGGGCCCCAUGCCUCCUGGCCCUCCACCACCAGGCUAUGGGCCACCCCCUGGCCCACCUCCACCACAGCAAGGCCCACCCCCUCCUGGCCCAUUCCCUCCUCGUCCCCCUGGUCCUAUUGGUCCACCUCUGGCUUUGGCCCCACCUCACUUGCGUGGCCCUCCUCCUGGAGGUCCGCCCCCAGCCCCCCAUGUCAACCCUGCCUUCUUCCCUCCACCUGGAAACAACAACAUGCCCUCGUCAGACAGAGGUCCUCCACCAAACGACCCGUACGGACGCCCGCCUCCAUAUGACCGAGAUUACGGCCCUGGCAGGGAUAUGGAUGCCCCUCGGGUUCCUCUGAGUGAGGCGGAGUUUGAGGAGAUAAUGAAUCGGAACAGAGCGAUUUCUAGCAGCGCCAUAUCUCGGGCUGUUUCAGAUGCGAGUGCAGCGGAUUACGGCAGCGCUAUCGAGACUCUGGUGACGGCCAUCUCGCUAAUUAAACAGUCGAAAGUGUCAGCUGAUGACCGCUGCAAAGUUCUAAUCAGCUCCCUACAGGACUGCCUACACGGCAUCGAGUCCAAAUCCUACGGCUCUGCCUCCAGCAGGCGAGAGCGUUCCCGGGAACGAGACCACAGUCGUUCUCGUGAGAAAAGCCGGCGCCACAAGUCCCGCAGCCGUGACCGCCAUGAGGACUACUACCGCGAGCGCAGCCGAGAGCGUGACCGCCACCGCGAGAGGGACCGGGACCGCGAGCGAGACCGGGACAGAGAGAGGGAAUACCGCCACCGCUAGGUGGGAGAGAGAGCUGAACGGAAGAGGAUGAGGAGGAGAACCAUCGCAAGCGACACACACUCAUCCAUCAGCACCCUUCAUCCUCCAUCUACAGGAGGACUGGAUUGGCGGAUGCCGGACGGCGCUGCGGUAUAGGUGUAUAUAAAGGAAGAGAAUGCGUACACUCUUAAUCCCACAGCUUUUUUUAUUUUUUGAUCUUUUAUUUGAGGAGAAAUGCCUGUGUGUCCUGACCCCAUCUAUCCUCUGCCCACAUCCUGAACUGUAGAAUGUAAUCUGUCACACUUGUUGUUUUUAUAGGAACUUUUGGUUUAAGCCCCUCCCCCUUUACCUUUCCCUAUGCAGUGUGUAAGUGUUUGCUCUGAUUUAUUAAAUAGAAUCUGUGUUGUAAUAAAGUGUUUACUGGG